AUGAAUAAUAGCAAUGAAGCGAUGAUCUAUCAACAUAAGGCUACGGAUUUAAAAUUUGGUAAUGAUCAUUCGUCACCGAUGCCAAACGGUAUUCUAGCAUCGAGUGAAUUUAUUCAAAGUUUUUCUACAUUUUUCGAUAAAUGUCAAAAUGUUACAACACGAUCAUCUUUUUGUCAACCUCUCAACGAAGUUAACAAUUAUUUAGAAAGCAAUGAAUGGAAUGAAGUUUUGCAUCAGACUCCACAAAUGACACUCAUGAUUGCUCAGACAUUAAUGAACAAUCAACAAUAUCAAUUGGCAAUCUCGUUUCUCGAACCAACUUUAAUUAUCAUUAGAUGGACGGACGAUGUCGAAUUCGAUCCAUUGCACAGAUCGAAAUGCUAUGAAGCCUUGAGUUAUUGCUAUCAUCACUUAGGUAUAAAUGAGAAAGCUCUAGAAUAUUACACGUCGGGAUUAGACGAAAAUAUUCAUUUACCUCCUCAGCACCAUAUUAAAAUAUUAUCUGGCGUCGGUAAAGUACUCGAAAAGAUGAAUCAAUGGGAAGAAGCUUUACAAAAGUAUAUCAAAGCGGCUGAAAUCUAUCAGAUUGAAUUACCAAAUGCAGAUUCAGAGGAUGUUGCUCAUGCCGAGAAACGCAUUGAACGAGUUAUAUCACACCUUCUUCCACCCGAUAAAUAA